AUGAGUACUCAACUUUAUAUUUUAUUAUUAUUUUUAUUUCUACUAUUUGUGGCAGCCUUUUCUUUGAUAUGUCUUGCCCUUCUAACUCCAUGGACUAAACGUGUAAAGUCUUAUUUUUACACAAAACGUUAUCCAUUUACAUUAUUUGGAAUUUCAAAAACUCCUUUUGUUGACGUUGCCCUCAAUUAUUCGAAACAACAAAAUCAAAAUAAUCCAAUUUAUGUCCUCAAACUUGUCAAAAAUAUCGGAAAAGGAGGUUCAGUUCGUGCAGGUGUUUUGUGUGCUAGGGGACGUUUUAUAUUAUUUUCUGAUGCGGAUGGAGCUACAAAAUUUUCUGAUUUUUCAAAAUUGGAAAAAGAAAUGUUUUCUCUUUGUAAUGGAGAAAAUGAAGAAGAAAAAUUUAAUGGAGAAUCUUCAAUUGAUUGGACACAUCCAGCUUUGGUUGUUGGUUCUAGAGCACAUUUGGCAGAUGAGGCGAUAGCUAAACGUUCACUUUUGAGAACUGUUUUAAUGUUGGGAUUUCAUGCUAUGGUUUGGGUAUUUACAGUUCGGACAGUCCGCGAUACACAAUGUGGCUUUAAAUUAUUCAGGUUUCAAUAA